CACUCAAGCGGUUCAAUGAGCUCUUUGUGGAGGGUUAAGGUAUGCAGUGUAAGUGUGUGUGAGAGAGUUUACUUGUUCUGUUAGUACCUAGCGGAUUUACCUAGCAGACUGGGCACAGCUUGGUUAAAGGUGCGUGUGAGCGGAAUUACAACAGAUGAAAAAAAGGAGAAAGGUGUGUAAACACAAGAAACGGACAAACUUUAAGCGGAUAGAAGGGCGAUGCUCAGUGAGUGGUUUUGGUGGGACCGGCUGUGGUUGCCGAGGCCGGUGACGUGGGCGGAUCUACAGGACAGUGAGGGGUGUGUCUACGCACGUGCCUCCCACUUGUACAUCAUUCUACCUGUUGCAGUGCUGCUGCUCGGCUUAAGAGCAUUAUAUGAAAGGCUGAUAGCAGUGCCACUCGCUCAGGCUCUUGGAGUUAAAGACAAAAUUCGCAAGAGAGCAUCACACAACCCACUACUGGAAACAUACUACAGAACACACUCUAAACACCCAACACAGGCGGAUGUAAAAGGUGUGUGUAAAAAGCUGGGCUGGUCAGAAAGGCAGGUGGAGCGUUGGUUCCGCCAGAGGAGGAAUCAAGACAGACCCGGAGUACAGAAGAAAUUCAAAGAAGCCAGCUGGCGGUUUGCCUUUUAUCUGUGCUCGACUUUUGGAGGAGUACUGGCUCUAUAUGAUAAACCAUGGUUUUAUGAUCUACGUGAAGUGUGGGCGAAAUUUCCCAAACAAUCAUUGCUGGACUCUCAAUACUGGUAUUACAUCACUGAGAUGAGUUUUUAUGGUUCUUUACUGUUCAGUGUGGCUGCAGACGUAAAACGGAAGGAUUUUAAGGAGCAGCUGGUGCAUCACUGGGCCACUUUAACACUCCUGUCUUUCUCAUGGUGUGCCAACUACAUCCGUAUUGGCACCCUGGUAAUGCUGGUGCACGACACGUCUGACGUCCUGCUCGAGUCUGCUAAAAUGUUCAAUUACGCCGGAUGGGAGACGACCUGUAACAGUGUCUUUGUGGUGUUCGCGCUGGUCUUCAUGGUAACCAGACUAAUUAUCUUCCCUUUCUGGCUGAUUCACUGUACGUGGGUUUAUCCUCUGGACCAGUUUGAACCCUUUUUCGGCUAUUAUUUCUUUAACGCCAUGCUUAUGGUGCUGCUGUUUUUGCACGUGUUCUGGGCCUCCCUCAUCCUCCGCAUGGUCAAAAAGUUUCUCUUUGGGAAUCUGAAGGGUGAUGAGCGCAGUGAUGAAGAGGAGGAUGAGGGAUCUGAGGAAGAAUACACACAUGCAUACACUAAUGGAUCUGGGAAUGGAUUGUCUAAUGGCCAUUGACACAAAUGCAGAUCUUCCACAAAUAGCCCUUUUGAUGCCAUGCAUGCAUAUAUGUCCAUAUUGGACACGUGAUUCAUCUGUGAACUUUUGUAUAGCUUUUUAUAUUAAAGUUUGUACAUGUACAGAUAUUAUGGAAGAAAAUCUAUACAAAUUAUCACAAGAGUUAAAAGACAUUUAAAAAUUAGAUAGUAGAUCGACAGACGACAAAAAGACAGAUAGAUGGAUGGAUACAGUUGAUCGAAAGUCACCUGAAAAAAUGGACGGGUGGAUGGAUGGAAGGAUGGAUGGAUGGAUGGAUACAGUAGAUCGACAGACAGCGAAAAGAUGGAUGGAUGGAUUGAUGGAUAUAGUAGAAUGACAGACACUGAAAAGAUAGAUGUAUGGAUGGAUAGUUGAUUGACAAACACUGAAAAGAUGGAUGGAUGGAUGGAUAAAUGGCUGGAUGGAUGGAUACAGUAGAUUGACAGACAUUGAAAAGAAAGAUGGAUGGCUAGAUGGAUACAGUAGAUCAAUAGACACAAAAAAUAAAGAUGGAUGGUUGGAUGGAUGGAUGGAUGGAUGGAUACACUAGAUCGACUGACACCGAAAAUAUGGUUGAAUGGAUACUGUAGAUCAAUAGACACAAAAAAAGUAAGAUGGGUGGUUGGAUGGAUGGAUACAGUAGAUCGACAGACACUGAAAAGAAGGAUAGAUGGAUGGAUAAACUAGAUCAACAGACACCGAAAAGAUGGAUGGAUGGAUGGAGAGAUGGAAGGAUGCAGUAGAUCAACAGACAACAAAAAGAAAGAUGGAUGGAUGGAUGGAUGGAUGGAUACACUAGAUCCACAGACACAGAAAAGAAAGAUGGAUGGAUGGAUACAGUACAUCAAUAGACACAAAAAAGUAAGAUGGAUGGUUGGAUGGAUGGAUACAGUAGAUCAACAGACACCAAAAAGAUGGAUGGUGAAUGGAUGGAUACACUAGAUCAACAGACACCAAAAAGAAGGAUGGAUAGAUGGAUACACUAGCUCGACAGACACCAAAAAGAAGGAUGGAUGGAUAGAUGGAUGGAUAUACUAGAUCGACAGACACCGAAAAGAAGGAUAGAUGGAUGGAGUAGAUCGACAGACACCGAAAAGAAGGAUGGAUGGAUAGAUGGAUGGAUAUAGUAGAUCGACAGACACCGAAAAGAAGGAUAGAUGGAUGGAGUAGAUCGACAGACACCAAAAAGAAGGAUGGAUGGAUGGAUGCAGUAGAUCGACACACUGAAAAGAAGGAUAGAUGGAUGAAUGGAAACAGUAGAUCGACACACUGAAAAGAAGGAUAGAUGGAUGAAUGAAUGGAAACAGUAGAUCGACACACUGAAAAGAAGGAUAGAUGGAUGAAUGAAAACAGUAGAUCGACACACUGAAAAGAAGGAUAGAUGGAUGAAUGGAAACAGUAGAUCGACACACUGAAAAGAAAGAUGGAUGGAUAAUUAUCACUAGAUUUAAAAGACAUUUUUAAAAUUGAAAUAGUUUGGUUAGUUGUUAGUUAAAAGUUGCAUUAAUUUGAUCAUAAAUACAGUAAUAACUGUAUUAUUUUAAAAUAUUACUACAAUUUUAAAUAGCUGCUUUUAAUUUGAACAUGUUAAAAAUUGUACUUUAUUCCAUUGGUGUCUAAGCUGAAUUUUCAGCAUCAUUACUAAGUCUACAAGGUCACAUGAUGCUUUGGAAAUCAAUGAACCUGAUAGGUUGAUUUGAUGGUCAAGAAAAAUCAGAAACUGUUCAAUACUUUUGUGUAAACUGUGAAACAUUUCUGUGUAAUUCUUUAAUAAUAAAAAAGCAACAAAAUAAA